AAUCUCAUCUUUUCUCUGCAAACAGGCAAAUCUCUUGCACCAUUCUCUAGUGCUGGAAUUAAUCAGCUUCUGAAUAAUACAUUCAGACUGCUGAGGGAGAUGAUUCUGAUUUAGAAAGUCCUUAAGAAGCCACUCUGCAAGUGGAUGAAGGAAAGAAAAGACAACAUGGGGCAUGCUGUACACCAGUUCAAGGCUCUAUUCUGGAAGAAUUGGCUCUGCCGUGUGAGGCAACCGAUCCUGUCUCUCAGUGAGAUACUCUGGCCAUGUGUACUUUUCUUGAUAUUGGCUGCAAUCCGCUUGCAGGAGCCCCCAAAAUACAAGGAAAACUGUUACUUAGAAGCUCGGGAUUUACCGAGUCGGGGCCUUUAUCCUUUCAUGCAGACCCUUUUCUGUAAUGUUGGUUCAAGAUGCAAGAAUACUAGUUACACAACACAGAAAAACAACCGCUUAAGUACUGCAGGCAUCCAAAGUGGACCAGGGAGAUUCACAGGACCUGAUCUAGACUUCAUGAAAGAGAUAGAAGAACUUGCAAAGGGAUUUAUUGAGACCACAGAGAAAGCCAUGGCUUUAGAAAAGCUAUGGGAGGAAAACUCAAAGUUCUCAGGGCUCCAUAACAUCACUACUUUUCUUGCUAUGGAUUUGAAUGAAGCAGAGGAAAUGAUUUCUAGAGCAGAAAACCUGUACAAGCAACCAUAUUUCUGGAACCUUCUACAUUCACUCCCUCGCCUUGAAUUGAACACCUUUUAUACAGAAGAUGAGUUAGCUGCCAUAGCACAGUUCCUAAAAGUUAUUGAAAAUACCUUAGCAUCAUUGAAGGAUUUAGCUAUGAUGCCAUUGGGCCAAAGUUUCUAUGAAGCAGUGAAAACAACACUGAAUUUAACUGCUGCAUCAAUACAGGAUAGGAGCUUAGAAGGUUUUCAGUAUAAUCUUUCUCUUGGGGAUAUUUUGUGGAACCCACAUGCUGUGAGAGCAGAACUUGAAUCCAAGUUUAAGUUUGAUCAUCUUCAUGUUGAGAAGCUGCUAAGUUAUACAGAACAAUUGACAAAGAUUCCCACAGGAGACACACUGGAGCAGUUUGUGUGCUCUGCUCUGUCCAGCAUGUCAGAAGAUGAAGCAAGCAAAGAGAAUAAUAGAGAGGCCUGUAUUUCUGCACGGCAUGAGGCCAAACUGUAUCUUGUUCAUGCUGUCAGCAAGCUCAGACUCUAUGCACAGGUAUUUGAGCAAUGGUUCAGCAGCAGUGGGCUCUCUCAGAAACUCCUUUUGGAACCUGAAAGAAUCAUAGCUGAUUUAAUGUCUCAGUUUCUAGAUGACAGGGAAGUCAGGGAAGUUUUUUCAGAGAUAAAUACCCUGAUCCAGCAAUGGAAUGAGAAAUCAGAUACCUACUUUUCAGAAGGACAUACUGCAUCUCAUGACCUAAUCCUGCAUCUGGAGAGAAUGCAGUCUGUACUUCAGGAUGUACCUCAGUGGCCUGUUAUGGAGAGAUUGCUUCUGGUAGAUGGAGCCAUGAGGAAUGUAAUAGCACAGUAUUUAUACUUCACCGAAGAAGCUUUACGUAGCCUGGAAAAACUGAUUCCCUUUGCCCAAAGAGAUGGCUUCAUUUAUCUAGACAUCAGAAAGCUCUUUGUGGAGCUAAAAAAGAUAUUGAUGAGCAAUACUUCCUAUAUAUGCAAUGAUGUGCUCACAGUGUUUGAGGAGACCCUGAGACUUCCACAGGGCUCAGAUGACAUUGACAUUUUAGCAAUAUACGUGUGUCCUGGCAAUAGCUCAGAGGUGGCCUUCAAGCUAAAUAACCAGAUCCAGUCGCUAAAGGAAUCUGUCCUGCUUCUGCAGAAAGUAACUCGGGGACAAGAAAGACUGCCAGAUUCAGUAAUGGAUGAUUAUUUGGGAUGGCAAGAAAUAGAAGAGCAGCUAACCAAAAAUUAUGCUUAUUACUGUGAAAUUAAUGAACUACUAAGCACAGAGGCACCAUCUGAGGAGGAUGUCCAUAUCAUCUCUUGUCAGGAACAGCUGCUCUUUUCACUAAUUAAUAAUACACUUGAAGAAAUUUUGUUUGCUUCUGAGGGAGACUCAUACUGGAAGGAUUUAACAGCUUUUGCCAGUUGGAUGUGCAAGGUAGCUCAAUACCUGAAUGAGGAAGCAGGCUCCACAGGAGGUCAGGCAGAUGGACUAGAAGCAUCUCUAUGUUCUAGACAAAAGCUCAGUUUGGAGACAAUCUUGGGUCAUUAUUUAGAAUUUCUGCAAGAUUUACCAGAUUAUUCCUCAUUUAUUUCCUGGGCACGAAUUUUGACAUCCUUCAAAGAGUUUUUGAAGAGAGAAGGAAACUUAAGGAUUUCUGGUGGAAAGGAAGUGGAUCAUCUUCUUUAUCUUGUAGAAGUCAUAGAAGAAAUUGCAAUGCUUGAUUUCUCAGCUUCUUCAAACCAGUCUCUAAUUGAAAAUGUCUUGAAUAAAACAAUUAUAUGGAUGAAUAAUGUUGCUGAGGAGAAGGAAUUUGCCACCAAUUUCUCAUUUGCAGUUUCUGAACUCCAUAAUGAGCUAAGAAAAAAAUUUCUGACUCUUCAGAGAUUCAGAACAAAAGAAAAGAGAGAUGUUUUCUGGCAUAUAGUGAAAAUUGUGUUGUAUGAAAUUAAUUCUAGGCUCUCUCGUUUGAGUCAAGUGGAAAAGGAUGAGGUAUUGGAGACAUUAUCUAGAAUUAUAUUUUCCAUCACAGAAAAUAAAAUGCAUAAUAGAAGUAUGCUAUUACUUCAAAAUAUCCUGACUGAUAGGGCAGAGUUAAGUAUCGCUGCUUUGAACAGUCUAAAACACUUAAGUGAAAACUUCCUAAGGAAUCUCUAUGAGGUCAGAUCAUUGACUGAUGAUCAUGUCAAUGUGUCUUUCAGCACAAUUCAUGGAGCGAGUAAUGCCUCCUCUUUAUUACUCUCCAAUGCAACUUUUAUAUAUAAAGUACAAGAAUUAGGAGAAAUUAUGCAUGAUUUCUUCAAAAAUAUAAAAAAAUUAAACAGUUAUAGUGAGGCCUCGCUUGUUCCAAUACUUUUCUCUCUGUAUCAGAAUGAUGAUCUAGUCUUAAAUAUUGAGAACAAUAGCACUCUGUUCACAUUUCUUUAUGAGAUUUCAAAAGAUAUUUUGUCUUUUCAAGUAUGGAAUGGUUUCCAAGAUAGGGAUGGAGUUUUUGAUUUUCUGUCUGAAACUUUUGAUCUUCUCUGGAACUUCACCAGCAAGUCUCUCUGUGAAAAGUUACUAAUAAUUUACAACUACACAGAAUUUCAGGCCCAAUCUCUUGCACAGAAAGGAAAAAAAGAGAUGCAAGUUGUCUAUAGCACUCUGAGCAGCCUUAAAACUUUGUUUAUAGAUGAAGAGAUCCAAACAGCUGCUGCUUGUUAUUUGGAACAGUUUCUUGAUAUAUCUCCAGAGUGCCUGGUAAAUAAUGGGUGCACUGAUUUUUAUCUAUCAAAUACUACUUCUGUAGAUCAUUCAGCAGAAGUUUACGAUUUACUUCUGAUUCCAUUAGACAGUGUUCUGUCUAAUAUAACAAACUUGGGAGAUCAGCUAAGUGUGUCUUCUGCUUUGCACUGCACUUUUACAUGGCUUCAAACCUGGACAGAGAUUUUUGAGGAAGUAUCCAAAGUCUUAAACUUAAAUUCAACCUACUUUGUCUAUGUAAGAAAUGAUUUGACAGAUCUCUCUGAAAGUCUUUUAAAUUCAACUCAUGAUGAACUGUGCAAUAAUACAGCUACAGUUUUUAUUGAAACUACAACAGCAGCAUUGAAUUUAAUAAAAAUCAUAUUUGAAGGAGGUGGUGAUUUAAAUGACUGGAAAGAUUUUGAAGCUUUUCUUGCUAAUCUUCAACUUGUAUUUGAUUCAGCUGACAUCACAAAUUUGCUUAAAAGUAACAGUUUAGAAAGUGUUUUAGAAAUGCUGGGAGUCAUGAUAACUGAAUUGCAGAAAUCUAUACUGAAGGUUGUUAAUGGAGAGUUUUUGAAUUCUUGGCUUGAUACUUUUAUCUCAGGAGGUUCUGAGAGAGAAGAUAGGGGUGCUGGUGUGUUUUCUGUUGGUAAUUCCCUUUCUACUAUUCUCAAGCUCUCCCAAAAGGAACUUGAAAUUAUUCUCACCGAGAUAAAAGACACAACUGCUGUCUUUAAAAGUGUACUUCAAGGCAAAUAUAUGGUUUGCAUGAGCAUUUUCCAGAAUAUUACCAAACUAAUUUUGGACAAUACUCUGAAAGACAUAAGCCAUUUGCAAACAAAUUUUUCAUCUCACCUUAAUUCCUUUCUAAACUUUUAUAGUACAGUGGAUGAAGCAGAAGAUUGUAACAGAUGGAUACAUGGAUUAAGUAAUCUCAGUGAAAAAUACAAGUCACCUUCCCACCUUGAAAGGGCAAAACAUAUCUUAUUUCUACUGAAAUCUCUGGGAAACAUUGAGACAGAUGCUAAGCUAGUGAAUGUGAUGGAUUUCGUUAAUUUGAUUUUUAAUCUGAUACUCCCUGAAUGUUCCCUAAAUGGUUCUGAUGUGAUUUGUGUAAAUGUUUAUUUCAAUUUUAUGGCAAAAACUUUAAAAUUUAUUCUUCCUGAAUUUUAUGUAGAAGAUGAUAUUAGUGUUCUUGAAUUUAUAUUUACACUUUUAAAUAACUCUGGAGGGCAAAUACGAAUGGUUGUCAAUGAUUUAGUGGGGCACUUAUGGUAUACAUCAAAUAGAACCCAUUUUAGUCAGUCAAUCCAUGGAUUUAACAGGACUUUGAGGAUGUUCCUUAAUUCAUUUUACCAUGUUCCACUUUCAUCAGUAGAACUUUUAGCAGAAAUUCAAACGCUUCUAAAAAAUAAAACUUCUCAAAUCCAAGAAAACAGCUCCUCUCACUUAGAUAUUGAGAUUCAACCUUUCUUGCAUGAGAAAAAUACCAGUUUGUUAGAGUUCUUUCAAUAUGUUAUUAGUGAACUUGACUCAGACUUGCAGGGUGAACACAAAACAUUUCUCCAGAAACUGAUAAAAACAGCAACUCUGAAUAUUGAACUGGUAAGGAGAGCACUUAAAAUUUUCAAGUCUUCUAGUUUUACUGGUUUUCCAUUAAGAGAUGAUAAAGAAUUUCUAAAGCAUGUGGUAGCCUUGAUGCAAAAUACGAGAAACAUGGAUGUUGAGUUCUUGAUAAGUCAAUUCAAACAAGUCCAGAGGAGCCUAGAUAAUUUCUUUAAAAAUAUCAAAGCUUUGUAUAUUGAGAACUCUGAGUUUGGAAUGUUAACAGACUGGUGGGAUGCAUUUGAGAACAGUUCAUGUAAUUGGAACCUGACUGGUUUAUGGAAAAUAACACAAGUCUUUGAACACAAUGAACUCUACAAUGUAGAAGAGAUGUUCCAUCUCCUCCUUGAUGUUAUCAGCCUUACAGAAAGAUUAGCUCACGGAAACAUCACGGAAGCACUAAGUGAAGUAUAUGCUUUCAUACUGACUCAGGAAGCAAAAAUGCCAAUGUUUACUGAAGAGGAGUUCUCUAAUCAAGUAGAAAGUCUUCUAACAAUACUGGAGACACUGAUGGAUAUGUCUGAUGAACCUGCAGAAGCCUCAAUUUGUUUUUCUACAGCAUUCUGCUGGACUCUUACAACAGCAACACCUCAGAGCGAUCCCACUUUUAAACCGUGUGAAUUUGUGUAUAAAAAUUCUACUCUUAGUUACAAUGCAGUCAUUGAGAUAAUUAAGGAGCUGAAACUCAUCACUCUGGAGGACAGUUCCUCAUGCACUAUGGAAGAAUUUCAGAUGGAUGUUGCUCGCAAUCUGACUUGCUUUUUUAAUCAGAUCAAAGAAUGGAGCUCUAUUCUUUUGAAGUUUUCUGAGCUCCAUCAUGUAAAUGGAUCAGUUCUUAAAGAGCUGAUAGAUUUUUGGAAUGAGCUGUCCCUCUAUACUGUGCCACUGCAGGUGAACAAUACAUACUCAAUUAAUUGUUCCUCCACACCAAAGAGACAAGUGGCUUUACAAAUCAUAGAAACACUGAGCAGUAUGCCAGAGGCAGAAAUAGAGAUGGCCAAAGGUAUUCUUGAAGAGCUGGAUGAUCUUUAUGAUGGUCUAAGUUGGAACAGACAUUCAAGAACAUCACUUUUAAGGACUGUUCUCGCUAAUGUUAAGAAUAUGACAAGUGAAAUUUCUGGACUCCUGGAUACAGAAGCUGUCCUUUCUUUUCUUUCUGUAAUUCAGCCUUUAAUGACGCUGUCUUCUGUUGGAAACCAGACAUACUCAAUGCUUAUGAUAUUAUCAGCUUUAAAUGGAAACAGUAAUCUAUCUGAUAACUUUGAGAACUUCUGGUUUCCUGUAGUUACAAGCAUAGAAGAUUUGUUGGUUAAUUUUAAUGUUACACACUUACUUGCAGUGAUAGACCAAGAGUUUAAAUUACUAAGGUUAGCCACUGGACACUCAUCUUCAAUGGAUCUUGAUGUUUUAAUACAGCAGUUUAAUACAUCAUCUAUAGAUGCUAUGUUAAGGAAUUUUGAAGACAUACAAGAGAUUGUGACCAGCUUUCUAUGCGAGUGUAACAAUGAAAAUUAUUCUAAAAUAAUGCAUGCUCUAAUUCUCCUCAUGGCUAAUGAAAAUUCAUCAAAUGACUUGCUGCUGGUUGUCGAAGACAUUAUUGACUUUCUGGAGCUAUUCCAAAACAAGUCUAAGGAAGAUUACACUGCUAUAUUGUUUGUUGAUGGCCAUCUUAGCAGAGAAAAAUCAAAUAAUAUUCAUACAGCUAAUUCAGUUUUGAUAAACUGUCUCCUUCAUAUAAUUGCUGAUCCUACCAUUAUAGAAGAAGCUCUUCAUACAAAUAAUACUAAAUGUGAGAUAGUUGACUUACUUGAUUCAUUUUUUGACACUUCACAUUAUAGAGAAGUUUCUACUCAGUCCGAAAACAAAACUCUGGAGAUCAUGCAAAAGAUCUUGCAAAUAUUCCUGUCUACCACAGAACAUGACAGGAACAAAAUAGCCUUCUUACUAAAGGAUUUACAUAAGGAUAUAAUGGCAGAAAUGAGAGCAUCUAAAAUCUGCAGGAUUCUUCAGAAACAUUUGCACCCUGCCAGUGUUCUACUAUUGCAGAAGUUGCAGUUUACCAUUUUGAAUGUUCUUAAAAUCGUUUCAGAAGAACCAGUUGUCACUGGCAACCUUUUCUGUGUUGUUACAAAGUGUAAAGAUGGAUUAGCAAAUUACUUACUCCUCUCUGUGGUUGAAGGAAUUGCUCUGCUUCAAGAUCAUUAUCAGGAUAUUGAAAGAAUGUGGCUUUCUUUCAACAAGGAGGAUUGUGAGAGUAUGGCAUAUAUAAACCAAAAACUUUCAAAUAUUUUGGAGAACUUCCUGAAAGCCUUGGAGAAUACCAGCAAUGACAGCUGUGAAUGUCAACUAAUAUUGGGGAAUAUACAGAGACAUUUGCAAAUGGUGGUUGACAAUUUGGAGCUACAGUUGUCAGAAAAUCAAGUGGCAUCUUUUCUCAGCAAUUUUAAUCUUUUGAAUGAUAUGAAAGUCAAAGAGUGUGUGCAGAAUCUUACUCAGUUGAGGCUGGACAUUGGUUCCUCUGUCAAUAUUUCUGAAGAAAUUAUCAAUACCAUCUUGGAAGCCAGCAUAUCUCAUUCAAAGGUUUUUUACAGUGCCUUUGUGGUAGCUUUAACUGGAAGAUGUGAUGAAGAAGUACUUAGCCUGCUGCUAAACUUACCUGAAAACAGUAAAACUUCCCUGGUAGUGGAAGAAUUAUGUUCUUUACCAGCACUGGACUUAUAUACCAUGUUUGUGCUGAUUACACAGAAUUUGAACUUACGUCAUAUCAUUUACAAGAUUCAGAUACCAACUGAGAUAGGCAAUGUACUAAACAUGCUACUGGAUGUGGUUUCUAGUAUCAGCUCUCUUCUCAAUAAAGCCCACCAUGUAAUGGAAAACCUUCCAGUGUUCCUCCAAGGAAUUCAAAAUAUUGGUAUGCUUGACAUUUCUGCAUUGCAGCAGUUCUUGCAAGGUGGGCAGUUCAGAAGUUCAGCUGUUGGAUCCCUAGAGUCUGCAAUCAAGGCAGUGUGUAAAGAAGAAUCUUCAUUUUUCAGCAAUGCAAACCUGUUCCUCGAUAUGCCUAGGAUCAUGGGACUCUUGGAGGGAAAUAUGGCAAAAUAUGGCAUUCCUGAAGACUCAACUCCAUUUUGCUUGAAGCUUUAUCAGGAGAUUUUGCAAUCUUCUAAUGGGGCUUUGCUAUGGACUUUCCUGAAACCUUUAUUACAUGGGAAGAUACUGUACAAUUCAAACAUCAACAUGAUUGACCUCGUCAUGGAGAAAGCUAAUUUUACUUUUGGUUUUGUGGAAAACUUGAAGACUUAUUCUGAAACAUGGCUUAGGAUGUCUGAGGUUUUUAAAAGCAGUGGAAAUGUCCUCAUGGUCUCACGACUGCAGGAAGCACUGCAAAGCAAUUUCAUAAAGCACUUCAUAGAAAGUAAUUUGGAUAUUGACAUGGAAGAACUCUUGAAAAAAAUGCAACUAUAUGAAACUAUGAUGAACAAGAUGCUUAACAGCUCAGCAAGUAAACAGAUUGACCUGUUGUCACAGCUUGUAGUAAAUAUCUCUUCCUGUGUGUUACUGGACCGUUUCCAGCCUUUUGACUCUGUUGAGAAAUUGGAAGAGAAGGCUCAUGAACUCAUGCAGCAAAAUAUGCUUUUGGCUAGUAUCAUCUUUGAUACACCGAAGAACAAGACGCAAGUCUCUAGCAAUCUCCUUCCACGACACAUUUCAUAUACAAUUAGAACCAGUGUUCUCUAUAGCAUGAGGACAGAUUUGAUUAAAAACCCCGUGUGGAAAUCGCAUCCCCAGAAGUUGCCAGCUGAUGGGUUUAAAUACAACCACAUCUUUAUUCCUCUUCAAGACAUGAUUGAAAGGGCAAUAAUUUCAGCACAGACUGGGACAGAUACCUUAGAGCCAGCCAUUCAGGUGCAAGCAAUGCCUUACCCUUGUCAUACCAGUGAUCUAUUCUUGAACAAUAUAGGGUUUUUUUUCCCACUUAUGAUGAUGUUAACAUGGAUGAUUUCAGUUGCUGGCAUGGUUCGCAAGCUGGUUUAUGAAAGAGAAAUUAAUCUUGAAGAGUAUAUGAAGACAAUGGGUGUACAUCCAGCCAUUCAUUUCUUUGCUUGGUUUCUGGAGAAUGUCAUUGUGCUUACAAUAAGCAGCUGUGCUCUGGCCAUCAUUUUAAAAGCAAGUGGUAUCUUUGCUUAUAGCAAUGGCUUCCUCAUCUUCCUUUUUCUCCUCGAUUUUGGAGUUACAGUUAUUAUGUUAAGCUAUUUUUUGGGAGUGUUUUUUAGCAGUGCUGAUACAGCAGCAAUGUGUGCCAGCCUUGUGUAUAUGAUCAGCUUUUUACCCUACAUAGUUUUGUUGGCCUUGCAGAACCAGUUGAGUUUCGUCAAACAGAUUAUAAUGUGUCUUCUUUCUACAACUGCCUUUGGGCAAGGAGUGUUUUUCAUUACUUUCUUUGAGGGCCAAGAAAUAGGAAUUCAGUGGAAUAAUGUGCACCAGUCAAUGGCACAAGGAGGAUACAUGACCUUUGGAUGGAUAUGCUGGAUGAUGUUCUUUGACUCCAUUUUAUAUUCUAUAGGUGGUUGGUAUUUCAGCAAUAUUAUUCCUGGAAAAUUUGGAUUAAAGAACCGAUGGUACUUUCCUUUUACUGUUUCCUACUGGAAGAACCUGUGUGGAGCAGAAAGGAGGAAGAGACAUUAUCUGAAUUCUAAUAUGUUUUUCUUCAAUGAAAACUUCCAAGAAAAAGAACAUCCAAACUGGAAAGGCCCUUGCAUUGAAGGAGCCACCGUUGGUGUCAUGCUGCUGUCCCUCACCAAAGAGCACAUGGAUGGCCAGAAGGCUGCUGUUAAAGAUCUCAGCCUCUCUUUCCACAGAGGUCAGAUAACAGCGCUCUUGGGACCUAAUGGAGCUGGCAAGACAACAGUUAUAUCACUGUUGACUGGUCUGUAUCCACCAAGCUCUGGUACCAUUAUUAUUAAUGGAAAGGACAUACGUACUGAUCUGGCUGCCAUCAGAACAGAGCUAGGUGUUUGCCCACAGUAUGAUGUUCUGUUCAACAUACUAACGGUGCGAGAACAUCUACUGCUUUAUGGAUCAGUGAAAGCACCUGGAUGGACAAGGGAACAGCUGAAUCAGCAAGUCAGUGGAGCUCUGGAAGAUGUGGAUUUAUCCCAACAUCAGUACAAACCUGUUGGAGCCCUUUCUGGGGGAAUGAAAAGGAGGCUGUCAAUUGCCAUCUCUUUUAUUGGAAACUCAAAAACAGUUGUUUUAGAUGAGCCCACCAGUGGAGUAGAUCCAUGUUCUCGUCGUAGCAUCUGGGAUGUUCUUCUGAAGUACAAAGCUGGUUGCACACUGAUCUUUACGACUCACCAUCUUGAUGAGGCAGAGGUGCUCAGCGAUCGCAUUGCUAUCCUGCAGCGUGGCCAGCUGAGGUGUUGUGGUUCUCCCUCUUAUUUGAGAGAAACUUAUGGCCAGGGACACAGUCUAACUCUCAUAAAAAAGCCGUCUGUGUUCGAAAUCCAGGAUCCUAAGCAUAUUGUUCAGGUCACAUCUCUGGUACAGACCCACAUCCCAGAAGCCUUCUUGAAAGAGAACAGUGGCACUGAGCUAACUUAUGUGAUUCCAGAAAGGGCAGAUAAGACCUCUUUUAAAGGUCUUUUUCAGGCUCUAGAUCAAAGCCUUCAUCAUCUGCAUGUGACUGGCUAUGGCAUUUCUGACACCACCUUGGAAGAGGUGUUUCUGAAGCUACUGCAGGACUCAGAUAAGAUGCCAUAUGCUCCACAGGCAGCACACCUGGACCAUACAAACGGUGCUGAAUCAGCCUAUAUCUCAUUUACGGGGGCCUCAAGUGUGUGUGGAGCCCAUCUUGUUCUCGCACAGAUUGUUGCCUUUCUGAUGAAGAGGUUUCACCAUGCUAGGCGAGACUGGAGAGGAAGUCUGUCAAAUGCUCUGCUGCCUGUCCUCUUCGUUGCACUGGCGAUGGCCUUGUUUAGUGUGAAGCCACUGGCUAUUGAUUAUCCUUCUCUCAAGCUGACACCAAGACUUUAUGACAAUGCAGAAUCCUUCUUUAGCACUGAAGAUGAUAAUCUAGGAAACCUUUCUCAGAUUCUACUGAGAUAUUUCUCUGGCUGGGACCACACAUGCAUGCAUUCAAAACAAGGAAAAAAUAAUUCAUGUUGGCAGAUGGAAUCUACAUCACCCCAGGAUUCAUGUGGAUGUGUGUCUGAACAAGAGAUGUGUCCAAGUUUCAAUACCUCUGCUCCCUAUAUGAAGAAUAAGAAAGGACAUAUUUUGUAUAAUCUUUCGGGAUUCAUUGUGGAAGAAUAUUUAGUGAGGCCUUCCAACAAAGCCAGAUAUGGUGGUUGGUCUUUUGGAGGGAGGAAAGAAUUUGAACUUCAAGAGAAAAAAUUGAAUAACACCAAAUCUAAGCCUCUGGCUAAGGUGUGGUACAAUCAAAAAGGUUUCCAUUCGCUGCCAUCCUACUUAAAUGAACUCAAUAACUUAAUUCUGUGGCUGAAUUUGCCUCCUAGUGUGGAUUGGAGACAAUAUGGGAUCACACUCUACAGUCAACCAUAUGGAGGAGCCUUGCUUGAUGAGGACAAAAUAAUGGAGAAUGUUCGUCAGUGUGGAGUAGCACUAUGUAUCAUGUUGGGUUUCUCUAUCCUUACUGCAUCCAUUGGAAGUGCCAUAGUGAAAGACAGAGUAUCUGGCACAAAACGCUUGCAGCACAUCACAGGCCUGGGUUACAAAACUUAUUGGCUUGCUAACUUCUGCUGUGAUAUGCUGUUUUACAUGGUUCCAGUCACCCUGUGUGUUGGUGUUAUUAGUGCCUUCCAGCUAUCAGCUUUCACUUUCCGAAAGAACUUGGCAGCCACUGUUCUCCUGCUGAUACUCUUUGGAUAUGCAACUUUACCAUGGAUGUAUCUUGUAUCCAGAUUCUUCUCAAGUUCAGAUGCAGCUUUUGUUUCUUACAUCUCCUUAAAUUUUGUGUUUGGUCUGUGUACCAUGCUGGUGACUCUCUUACCUCGUUUGUUAGCUAUAAUUUCCAAAGCACAGAGUUUUCAGAACAUCUACAAUAUCCUCAAAUGGGCAUUCAUCGUAUUCCCACAAUUCUGCUUAGGACAAGGUUUAAUUGAACUUUCGUACAACCAGAUCAAGUUUGACCUGACCAGCAAUUUUGGAAUAGAUUCCUAUGUGAGCCCCUUUGAGAUGAAUUUCCUUGGCUGGAUUUUUGUGGAAAUGGCCCUGCAGGGAUCACUACUUCUUCUUUUACGGCUUUUUCUUCACUGGGAUCUCCUCCAGAAAUCAAGGGGUCAGUGUUCAAUUAACAGCAUGGAGCACUCUUCAGAAGAUGUUGAUGUAGAAAUGGAGCGACAGAGACUCUUUUAUGGAAGAACUGGUAAUGAUGUCCUCCUUCUGUACAACCUCAGGAAAUGUUUUGGAGGCUUCAGUAAGAACACCACUGCUGUGGAAAGCAUAAGCUUGGGAAUACGGAGAGGAGAGUGUUUUGGACUCCUGGGAACAAAUGGAGCUGGGAAAAGCACAACAUUUAAGAUGCUGACUGGAGAUAUCAUCCCAUCUGCAGGACGUGCUGUUAUCAGGACUCCUACAGGGUCUGAAAUGGAUGUACUGUCUGCUAGCUCUGAAGGCGUUCUCAUCGGCUACUGUCCACAGCAAGAUGCCCUGGAUGAACUUUUAACGGGUUGGGAGCAUCUUUAUUAUUACUGCACGCUGCGUGGAAUUCCAAAACAGGAUAUCUGUAAGGUUGCAGAGGACCUUGUUAACCGGUUACACCUCAAUGCCCAUGCUGACAAACUGGUGAGAACGUACAGUGCUGGCACAAAGAGGAAGCUCUCUACUGCUGUGGCUUUAGUUGGUAAACCCCAGAUACUUUUACUGGAUGAGCCCAGCUCUGGAAUGGAUCCCUGUUCUAAACGCUACCUUUGGAAAACUAUCCUGAAGGAAGUUCAGGAUGGCUGUGCGGCUGUGCUGACAUCCCACAGUAUGGAAGAAUGUGAAGCCCUCUGUACACGGCUUGCUAUUAUGGUCAAUGGAAGUUUCAAGUGUCUUGGUUCUCCCCAGCACAUUAAAAACAGGUUUGGAGAUGGCUAUUUUGUCAAGGUUUGGCUUAGUAAAGAAAUAAGCUAUCGAAGAAUGAUUUUGGACUGUCUACAACUGCAUUUUCCUGGAACACAGUUUAAGGGACAGCAUCUUAACCUGCUCGAGUACCACGUACCACGAAGUCAGGGAUGCUUAGCAGAGCUCUUCAGAGUCCUAGAGAAUCAUAAAGCUUUUCUCCAAAUCAAACACUACUCCAUUAGCCAAACAACAUUAGAGCAGGUAUUCAUUAAUUUUGCUACACAACAGCAAGGAGUCUCGCAUUCUUCACAAGAAUCUCCCGUUGUUCAUCACGACCACCCACCAGUGUAGGCUUAGAAUAGGAUACAGCUUCAGCAGCAUAUAUGUCUGUGUAUUUUUGUAUAUAUAAGAGCAUUUAACAUGCAAUAACUUUACAGCUGUUAACAAUUUAUGUAUGAGAAACAAAUAGUAGAAGCAGAGGUGAGUUUGCAUUUGUAGGCCAGAAGGAAUACUCGCAGUUCUCAGUAAAACAAGAAACUGGUUACAUGCAGACCAAAAAUCUGCCAAAAAGUCAUGCUUUUUAAUUAACUGGAAUGUUAUAAUAUAAAUGGCCUAAUUAAUGCAGCUUUGUUAAAAGAAAAAAAAAAAAAAAAAAAAAAAAAUCUGAAAUGUCCCAGUACAUAGCGGAUUUUUGGGGUUUUUUUGUGGUAGUUCUACAUUCAUUUGACUAUAGUAAUCUCUUGCAUGCAUACUUAAUAUCUAAUUUUUACAUGGAAAGACAAGAAAAAUCCACUGAAUGGUAGCAAUAGCUAUACUAUCACCCAAUAUUUGUAUUUAAUAGAACAAAUUGAGAACCUUUUGACUUCUGUAUUAAUUCAGUUUUGUGUUGUGGCAAUCUAUAUUAGCCUUUUUUUCCUGUAUAAGGGCUGCACUAUAUUCCACAGGGGUUUAUGUUAAAGAUGUUAUUAGUGUACUAGUCUGCCUCCCAGUUAUCUUAAGUAAAUUUAACAUGAUUCAUAAAUCAUACUUGACAAUGAGUUUUCCCUUAUGCCUGCAGGUUGCUGCUGGAGGAAUUCUCAAGUAUCUUUUUAAUGACCUAUUUCCUCUUUCUCUUUAUUUGGUUUC